AUGCACCUUCUUUUGAAUCCUACGGCUGGGCAACAAAUGCUUGAAGCAUCUGCAUCUCAGGGAUAUAAAGCGCCUGAGUUGAUUAAAAUGAAAGAUGCAAGUGAAGAAAGUGAUAUUUAUAGUCUCGGGGUAAUCCUUCUGGAAUUACUUACUGGAAAAGAACCGAUUGAUGAAAAUCCUAAUCCCGAUCAAGACUUUUAUUUGCCUAAUACCUUGAGGGCUGCAAUUCUUGAUGAUCGAAUUACGGAUUUGUAUCAUCCAGACAUCCUUCUCAGUCGAAGCAAUGAUCAGACGGUUGUCACUGAAGAUCAUAUUUUCAGAUUUUUUCAACUUGCAAUGGCUUGUUGUUCUCCCUCAACUCCCCUUCGGCCUGAUAUUAAGCAAAUUCUCAACAAGCUCGAAGAAAUUGCGAAGUGA